CCAACGCACCCAAAGGAACCCAUCAAUAUAACCAGAGGUUUGUGUGCGAGUGAGUCGACUGUGAGCUGCUGGUUUCGGGGUCGCACCAUGGACCUGUACACAGCAGCUCUCCUCCUGGCAGCCCUGACCUGCACCGUGAGUGGUACAGAGGUCACAGGCUACGCCAAAACCGAAGGGGCGUGGAUGCUCUCGCUGAUUAAGCGACAGUACAUGUUAAGCUCUACUGCUGAAUGCGCCAAGAAAUGUGACAGUGAAACCACCUUCAUCUGCAAGUCGUUCAUGUUUGUUGAAAAGGAUCAAGAGUGUUGGACGGCGAAGGAAAACUCCAAAUCAGAGACAAUCCUGCGCCGACCCAGUGCAGCUUUAUUUGAAAAACAAGAAUACCUCCUGGAGUGUGUAAAUGGACUGGGAACAGAUUACAGAGGAACAAAGUCCAGAUCAAAGUCAGGAAAGACGUGUCAGAGAUGGGAAGGGAAAUUCCCACACGUGCCGAAUAUGACACCAACGACUCACCCCCUAGCAGACCUGGACUCUAACUUCUGCAGAAACCCUGAUGGAGACAGCGGGGGGCCGUGGUGUUACACCACCGACGGCAGCACCCGGUGGGAGCACUGCAACGUAGCCAGCUGCACUGAGGAGUGUAUUCACUGCAGUGGUGAGGACUACAGAGGAAAAAUCGCCACCACUGAAAGCAACUUCGCUUGCCAACGCUGGGAUUCCCAGAAACCUCACAACCACGGUUACAUCCCCAGCGCUCUCCCAGAAAAGUAUCUUGAAGAGAAUUACUGCAGAAACCCUGAUGGAGACCCCCGGCCCUGGUGCUUCACCACCAACCCGACCAAGAGAUGGGAGUUCUGCUCCAUCCCCCGCUGCCCCUCCGAGCCUCCCACUAUCGUCCCGGAGCUGACCUGUGCCACCGGUGAGGGCCUGGCCUACCGAGGCACCGUGGCUGUGACCGAAUCAGGCAAAACCUGCCAGAGCUGGUCGGCCCAGACGCCGCAAAGACACAACCGCACCCCCGAUAACUACCCCUGCAAAGGCCUGGAUGGCAACUACUGUCGUAACCCUGACAACGAGAGGAUGCCCUGGUGUUACACCACCAGCGCCGAGACGCGCUGGGAGUACUGCCGGGUGCCGAGCUGUGGAGCCGGACCAGACGAUCCCAUGGCCCCCCCGGAGGAGGACGACUGUUACGUGGGCGAUGGGACGAGUUAUCGUGGCAUCACAUCAGAGACCAUCAGCGGAAAGAAAUGUCAAAGCUGGAGCUCCAUGACUCCUCACAGCCACAAGAAGACUGCACAGGCGUACCCCACAGCGGACCUCAGGAGGAAUCUGUGCAGGAACCCAGAAGGAGACCGAGCUCCUUGGUGUUACACUAUGGACCCUAGUGUCCGUUGGGAGUAUUGCAACUUGGAAAAAUGUGCCGUCAUCAGUCCAGGAGCACCCCCACCCAAACCCACCGUACCCGACACCCCUUCCACGGUCACCCAGGCCCCAGCAGCGACAGACUGUAAGAUUGGAAAUGGAGGAACAUACCGAGGUCCAACCUCCAUCACCAUCCUGGGUGUGACCUGCCAGGCCUGGAGCGCUCAGAGUCCUCACCAACACAACAGCUUCACCCCAGUAACCCACUCCACCAAGGGCCUGGAGGGAAAUAGCUGCAGAAACCCAGAUAACGACGUAAACGGACCGUGGUGCUACACUACCGACAGAAACAAGAAGUGGGACUACUGUCAGAUCCCCGACUGUGCUGGACUGAAAUGCGGUUCACCGGUCACCAAACCCCGGCGUUGUUUCGGUCGUAUUGUCGGAGGCUGCGUAUCCAAACCUCAUUCGUGGCCGUGGCAGAUCAGCCUCAGGACCAAUACGGGAAUUCAUUUCUGUGGAGGAACUCUGAUUCACCGUCAGUGGGUCCUCACGGCUGCUCACUGCCUGGAGAGGUCCAGGCGGCCUAAUGCGUACCUGAUUAUCAUGGGAGUCCACACUGAACGAGCCAAUGAGGCGUCCAAGCAGGAGAGGAGGCUGGAGAAACUGGUGAUGGGACCGAACGGAGCCGACAUCGCUCUGCUCAAACUGGAGAGUCCGGCUCUGAUAAACGACAAAGUCCUGCCGGCGUGUCUCCCAGACAAAGAUUACAUCGUCCCCAGUGGAACCGAGUGUUACGUCACUGGUUGGGGCGAGACUCAAGGUACGGGGGGGGACGGCAUCCUGAAGGAAACUGGUUUCCCUGUGAUCGAGAACAAGGUCUGUAACCGUCCGUCGUAUCUGAACGGACGAGUCAAAGACCACGAGAUGUGUGCUGGAAACAUCGAGGGAGGACACGACAGCUGCCAGGGCGACAGCGGCGGCCCCCUGGUGUGCACCGCUCAGAACAAGUACAUCCUGCAGGGCGUCACUUCCUGGGGUCUGGGAUGCGCCAACGCAAUGAAACCCGGCGUCUACGCCCGAGUCUCCAAGUUCACGGACUGGAUCGAGGCAACCAUCAAAGCCGGUUAAAUAAAAAACGAAACUUUCCACCCAAACAGCUUCAAACCCGUCACAGACAGUGGUUGAUUUUUGAUUUUUGAUUUUUGAAGAUGUGCUGAUGUGUUUGUUUGGUAUUUUCUGAUGUGAACAAAUUGUCACUGGAGCUGAAGUGAAAUUAGACCGAAGCACAAUAAGCAAAGUCUUGGUAUUAAAAUGUAAACAUGUUUUUUCUGUAAGAGCUGAAAAAUAAAACUUGACACAAAGGAAA